AUGAAAUCAUCAUCAAACGCCACAUUACCGACGUCGUCCUCCAUUGAGGAAACAUUAAAGAUGAUUGAGGAAAGAACAUCCCAAAUGAAUUUGGAAAUUCGGAGACAUUUUGAUAGAAGUAAAAGUAGUAGCAACAUUGAUACAAAACUCACAAGUAAUGAUCCGCAUCAGCAACAAUCAUCUUCUCCUAUUUUGACUAGGAAUAGAGGACAAAGCUAUAGCUCACCAAAGGGAAAUCAAAUUGAAGACAUUUCUAUGGUUUUUAAUGCAAUACGAGCAAAAAGAAAGACCAUUGAGAAAAGUCCAUAUACGGCAGCAACAAGUAGCAAUUCUGUUGAUUCUGGUACAUUACUUCCAGAAUUUUACUCUACGGCUAUGCGAAAGCCACUGUCUAUGAACAAUUUUUGCGCUUCACCCUUUUCAAAACAAGCUACACCACUUCAAAAUAUGAAAAGCGUUCUCAAUGGCUCGCAUCAACAUUCGGAUGUUAUUCCGACAACAACGGUUAACAAUUACAACUUGUGUAGAGAAGAUGAAGACAUUUCUGAAUGUAAUUCUGAUCGAUCAAGCACAAGCGGUUGUAGCCUGAGUUCUCAAAACAACGUUGUAGAAUUACAAGCAAAAGUUGAUGCUUUAACAACAGCCUUAACAAAAGCUAACAAUAAUCUUGAAGACUUCCAAAUAGGACUAGAAACAUCCAUUCAAAAACAAAAUGAGUUAAAAAAUUAUUAUCAAAGCUUUCUUAAGAAUAUGACCAAACAACAUACUCAAAAAAUUGAGGAUUUACAAGAAAGAAUACAUCAUCUUGAGAAAGAAAAUCAAUCUCUUAAGGAGCAAUUGAAAAUGUCAAAGGGAGACACUAAUUCGCGACCUGCAAUAGCAAACACAUCUAGAGAGCCUUCAUUGACCCAAGAUGCUGUUUUCAAAGUUUCUAAAAAAGCCCAUCAGAUAUGCACAAGUACCAGGAAAGAAUUGCAUGACUUAAAAACAUUUGUACUCUCAGAAUUGAAUCCUUUCAAGGAAGUUUCAAAAUUUUCCCAAGAUGUGAUUUCCAAAACACUCACAAUUUUUGACACAUCCACCAUUUCUGAACACUAUAAGAACAAAUUUGCAGAGCUUGAAGAAAGACAUCAAAAGUUAAGCCAACUGCUCCUUCAAGAAAUUAACUCUCGAAAACGGCUGCAAAAUGAUUUAAUAGAAGAACGUGGAAAUAUACGUGUUUGCUGCCGUAUACGCCCUGAAUGGUCGUUUCCUGCUGAAAGCAACAAAUUCAUUCAUUCAUUCUUUCAUAGAAGUUGUAUUGUACAUGAGAAAACGACUGAUACCGUAAUCACAAUCAACAGAAAAGGACGAAUUCGAACCUUUGAGUUGGAUCAAGUGUAUGGCACCUCUUCUACUCAAGAGCUCAUUUUCUCAGACUUGAAACCUCUUGUUCACUCCUCAUUCGAUGGAUAUAAUGUAUGUAUGAUGAUGUAUGGCGAAACAGGAAGUGGAAAGAGUUUUACCAUGAACGGAACAUCAAAUCAACUUGGCAUUAUUCCAAGAACCAUUACAGAAUUUUUUCACAUUAUUGACAUGCAUCGAUGUUUUUGUGAGGUAAAAUUGAGACUAAGUAUUGUAGAAAUUUAUAACAACGAUGUACGAGAUAUGUUAUCGUCGAAUGCCUCCACAGAAAAAGAGACGUACAGUCCUGAGCUAAAAUAUUGUCCUGUGCAAGAUGAGCAACAUUUACGCCAACUUAUCAAAGAAUGUAUUUCAAAACGAUCUGAAGGAAAGACUUUAAUGAAUGCCAACAGUAGUCGAUCACACUUCAUAGUGUCUAUUGAGAUUGAAAAGAAACUGUUCUCUCCGACAACUGAAAAACUCACUCAACAUCCAACAGAUUUAUUCCUCAACAAGCCAGGGGAAACAACCAACGAAAGAACUCGUCAGAAUAGUAUCGCACAACAACAAAUCAUGACACAGCCUUUGAACACAAAAUCAGUGUUGAGAUUUGUUGAUUUAGCUGGUUCUGAAAAUGUAGAAAUGAGUGGUGUGCAUGUCCACUCUGAACAGUUUGCAGAAACAUCGCAUGUGAACAAGAGCUUGUCCGCUGUUCAGGACGUUGUUGUGGCGCUUGCUCAAAAACAACGCCACAUUCCAUACAGAAACUCAAAACUCACACAAGUUCUUCGAGAUUCUCUAGAGGGAGACAGUAAGGUACUAAUCAUGGUGACCGUUUCUCCUCAAGACAAGUUCGGUGCUGAGACAAUCCAUGCACUUUCGUUUGCAGAGAAAGUGAAGCAGAUUAAACGAAAAAAGGCAACAAGACAAGCUGUCGUGAACUGA